UUAAUUAAAGAUGAUCAGACCGACUAUAAUCCCCUAAAUUCUCGCACCAAAUUUCUUCUCUCUCGCCCUCUUUAUAAAUUCGCCACUUCUUGAGAUUCUAUACACAGCCAAAUUAGCCUUCCCUCACAAUACACACUUGUACCAACUGCCUCCUCAACCAUAUUGCAUAUGGGGCUUUACCAGUGGAGUUCAUCUCCACCGUCCUCUUCUUUUUUCAUGCAUGCUUUUAUCCUUCUCUGGUGGUGUGGCUUGUUAGUCACCUCUGUUGUUGGCGGGAAUAAUGAGACGGACCGGUUGGCAUUGCUUGAGUUCAAAGCCAAGAUCACUGAUGAUCCUCUCCAGGUUUUGAGCUCUUGGAAUGAUAGCAUCCACUUUUGUCAAUGGCGAGGGGUUACUUGUGGUCGUCGACAUCAAAGGGUCAUUCAGUUGGACCUGCAAUCUUCGAAACUGGUAGGCUUUAUAUCACCACAUGUUGGUAAUUUAAGUUUUUUGAAGAAUUUAUCACUCCCAAACAAUAGCUUUCAUAAUGAAAUUCCUUCAGAAAUUGACCGUUUACGCAGAUUGCAAACCCUAUAUUUGGACAACAACACACUUAGUGGCAAAAUUCCAAGAAAUUUAUCCCAUUGUACCAAUCUCAAAUUCAUUAGUUUCGGUCGCAACCUUUUGGAUGGGGAAAUCCCUGCAACUCUUGGCACUUUGUCAAAACUCCAAUUCAUUAAUUUUCAAGUGAAUAAUUUGACAGGAAGUAUCCCACCUUCUUUCGACAACUUAUCCUCUCUAGAAAAGUUUGGUACAACUUCUAAUGACUUGGGUGGGAGUAUCCCUCAUUCUUUUGGCCAAUUGACGAAACUUACAAUUUUUUAUGUCGGUCUAAAUAGGUUGUCUGGAAGAAUUCCUCCCUCAAUCUUCAAUUUGUCUUCAUUACAAAUGUUUGAUGUAGGAGUCAACCAAAUCCAAGGGCACCUUCCAUCGGACAUAGGUAUCACCCUACAAAAUAUCGAAUUUUUUAGCAUUGCUGGCAAUCAAUUUACUGGACCUAUCCCUAUUUCAAUAUCUAAUGCCUCAAAUCUACGGAUACUUCAAUUUCCCAAAAAUAAACUAAGAGGAGGAGUUCCUUCUUUGGAGAAGUUAUAUAGAGUUUCAGUUUUUACCAUAUCUUCUAACGAGCUUGGAAAUGGAGGGGCAAAUGACUUGAGUUUUCUCUGUUCUUUGAAAAAUUCUACAUAUCUAACCUUUUUAGGGAUAAACGUGAAUAACUUUGGGGGAGAGUUGCCCAAGUGCAUUGUCAAUUUCUCAAUUACUGUCACCCAAUUGCAUUUAGAUAAUAAUAACAUAUCUGGGAACAUUCCUCUUGGGAUAGGAAAUCUGAUCAAUUUGGAGGAUCUAGAGAUGUGGAACAAUAAAUUAUCAGGAAAUAUUCCUUCUGAAAUUGGAAAACUUCGAAAGUUACAAAUUUUGGAUUUAUCUCAAAACAGUUUCUUUGGGAACAUUCCUUCCUCUCUUGGAAAUUUAACUCUUUUGAUAAGCUUGCAUUUAGAGGAUAAUAAUCUUCAAGGAAGCAUCCCUUUGAGUCUGGGCAAGUGUCAAAAUAUGAAUGAUUUGAAUCUUGCUAAUAACAAUCUCAGUGGUACCAUAUCAUAUCAAGUCUUUAGUCUCUUAUUCUCACUAAUUUUUCUAGACUUGUCAGACAACAAAUUUACUGGUGUCCUUCCCAUAGAAGUAGGAAAUUUCAUAAAUCUACAAGAGUUUCAUAUUAAUGAAAACAUGUUGUUUGGUAAAAUUCCUGCAAGUAUUGGUAGUUGUGUAAAACUUGAAAUUCUAUCAAUGGGAAGCAACUUCUUUCAAGGGGUCAUUCCUUCAUCUUUGGAAUCAUUAAGGGGUCUUGAAGUUUUAGAUCUUUCUAAAAACAAUUUCUCUAGCAAUAUUCCAAAAUUUUUGGAGAGCUUUAUCUUCUUGCAGUUAUUGAAUUUGUCUUAUAACGAUUUUGACGGUGAGGUACCAACAAAUGGAGUUUUCAAGAACACAAGUGCAACUGUGAUUGAGGGGAACGGUAAGCUUUGUGGAGGCAUGCCUAAGUUUCAUCUUCCUGUAUGUAAAUACAAUAAAUCCAAGAAGAGGAAGUUGACUCCUUCCUUGAAGCUAAUAAUCUCUAUAUUAUCUGGCCUUCUUGGAGUAACUUUGGUAAUGUUAUUUUUACUUCUCCACACUUUAAAAAGAAAAAGAAGAGAAAGUAUUUUAAGUAAUUCAGGAAAUUUACUUUUGAAUGUAUCUUACCAUAGUCUCCUAAAAGCUACAGAUGCAUUCUCCACCACUAAUUUAAUUGGUGUGGGUAGCUUUGGAUCUGUAUAUAGAGGAAUUCUUGAUCAUGACAGACGUAAAGUUGCUGUCAAGGUGCUCAACCUUUUGCAGCAUGGAGCUUCAAAAAGUUUUAUUGCUGAAUGUGAGGCUUUGAGAAAUAUCAGACAUCGGAAUCUAGUGAAGGUACUCACAGCAUGUUCAGGUGUUGACUAUCAAGGUCAUGAUUUCAAAGCAUUGGUAUAUGAGUUCAUGACUAACGGCAACCUAGAUGGGUGGUUGCAUCCAGUUUCAAGAAGAAAUGAGGUUCCUGAAGAACAAACACAUUUGAAUUUUCUUCAAAGACUGAAUAUUGCUAUUGAUGUUGCAAAUGCAUUGGAAUAUCUUCAUCAUCGUUGCCAUUCACCAAUUGUUCAUUGUGACCUCAAGCCUAGCAAUGUUCUUCUUGAUGAUGAAAUGACUGGACAUGUUGGUGAUUUUGGCUUAGCAAGGUUCCUCCAUGAGGCCACCCAAGAGUGUUUUGCUAAUCAAUCAAGCUCUAUCGGAUUAAAAGGAACAGUUGGUUACGCUCCUCCAGAAUAUGGUAUGGGAAAUGAGGUAUCAACUUUUGGUGAUAUCUAUAGUUAUGGUAUAUUAUUAUUGGAGAUGUUCACAGGGAAAAGGCCCACUGAUAACAUUUUCAAAGACGACUUGAACCUUCAUGAUUUCGUUAGAGGAGCUUUGCCCGAACGAGUGAUCAACAUUGUGGAUCCUAUUAUUCUUUUGGAAAGAGAAGAUAUGGAAACUAGGACAAAUGACACUCACAAUCAAAAUCGAAUAGGAUGUCCCAAAAUUUUGGAGUGCUUGAUUUUGAUAUUUGGAAUUGGAGUUUCUUGUUCUAUGGAAUCUCCAAGAGAAAGGAUGAACAUUAGUGAUGUUGUAGCUCAGUUGCAUUUGAUUAGAGACAAGCUCCUCAGAACAAGAAGACGCCGAGAAAGACUUCAAUUUACAGGUAAAUUGUUCAUGACAUAGUACUUGUUGCUCUUAACACCCCCUCCAAACCUUUAUGGAGGGAGGGGGAUCAUAUAUCCAACACAAUGCUAUGUGCUUGUCACGGUACUUUCUUUUGUUCUAGCGAAAUUGAUAGUAUUGAUGCUAUGUGAAAUUUGAAUACAUGAUGGUACUAUUCAUAUGAUUAAGAUUCAUCUAAUAUGUUUUCUAUGAUUCAAAAUAUGCUCUUUUUUGUCCCGUCCCCCCUCAAAAUGUUUGUUGUAAAAUACAUAAAUGAAAAUGACAUUUAAGCUAUUUUCGAUUUGGUGAUUUCUACCAUUAGUGAUUAUUGGUAUUGUACUUACACUCAAUACUUUUUAUAGAGAUGCGUUUGAUGACUUUGAUGUAGACAUAGGCUUGAAUUACUCUAAGUAUGGAAUUUUAAUGGGUAAGAAGUUUAACUAAUUUACUGGGAAUUAUUUAGUCGUUUAUAAUCUUAUCUAUCUCUCAAGUACCAGGAUAACCAUUUCCAUAAAACAUUUAAUGAGUUUAGGAUUCGAAAAUUGAACCUUUUUGCAUUACUAUGAAUCCCCUUUAUUAUUUUAAAAACCAAAACUUCUUAUACAUAGAAAUGAUUUCCUUUAAGUCAAUGAUUUAGAGGGAU